AUGCCGCUGAUUGUAAAAAAAUUUUCAUGGCACCAGACACCCAGUUCAAUUUCCAUAGUGGUCCCGAUUCCGGGAAUACUUCCUUCAAAAACGGAUGUGCUCACUUCAAGCAAAUACAUCAGGAUUCACUGUCAUCCUCACAUUUUUGAAGCAUUUUUAUGGGGAACCGUGGAUGAUGAGAAGGGGUCAUGCACUAUCGAUCAAGCCAAGAGCACAGUGUUUCUGCACUUUCCUAAAACUUGUUCCAUCCCGGACAAGGGGUCAAAUAAUGGAGAGGAUAAGCACAGUGACGAUGACACUGCCGCCUGGCCAUCCCUCGAGGCUCAGGGGCUUGACCGGUUGAGGAAGAAGGUGUUGCGAGAUGCUGCCGUUUGUGCGGCUCACCAACGACACAUUCAAGAAGAACAAACUGCUGAGACACGUCGAGAAGAGCUUAAAAAGACCAGCGUUCUAGUCCAAAUUCGGAUGGACGAAGAGGCUCGUGCCAAGGUAGCUGAGACCAAAAAGAUUGAAGCGGACAAGGCACUUGCUGAUAUGAACAGAUGGGCUGCAGAAGGAGGUCUACUUCCAGGUGAAACCAUAUCCGAUGUCAUCCUACCACAGGGGAGGAAUUAUGGUCAAGUUGCAAACAAACAAACAGGUGCAAUUGCUACGGGGGAACGACUUGACAGAAAUCGACCAGCUCCUCGUACAAGCAAUAACAAGUCAAGGAACAAGGAAACGCUGGAGGAGCUAAUUGCGCAAGGUCCAUCAUCUGUUUCAAUAUUGUCCGCCGAUGCAGAUGAUCAAGAUGCAUUGGUUGGCCUUGUCGGUGGUGGAAGGAGAAAACAAAAAUUUGGCGGAGCUGAGGGAAGAAAUUGCCCAGCAAGUUUGACGACAUCUGUAAUUUCCCCCAGUUCCAGAAUUUGGCCGGAACUUGGGGAUAAGCCUGUGAGCGGUGGUGGGGGUGGCGGUGGAGACGGUUAUCCGGUGAGCAUCCGGCAACCCCAACGAAUCACAGUGGCUUUCACCCCACGCGAAUUUCCAACUCCGGCGAGGGAGUCUAGUGCGCCCUUGGAAGAAGAGUGGUUGAAGAAGCAAGCAGAGGCCCGUCAUUUGUCUGGAUUCAACGAGCCUGACCUUCGUCCCGAGGAACGUGACCCAGACUGGCUGUUACAGAAAGGUCGAUCACUCAUGAAAGCAGAUUGUCACUUGGGAGCCGUGAGUGCUUUUAGUCUUGGCAUCAAAUUGGCCCCAAAAAUUCCGCAACUUUACUCUGAGAGAGCCAAAGCACAUCUUCAUUUACGGAAUUUCAUGAAAGUCGUGGACGACUCGUCCGUGGCUUUGGAACUCUUCACCCCAAAAGUCUCUGCAAAUGCUAUUGAUCGGCUGAAAUGUCACGUAACCCGUGCGGAUGGCUUUCAAGCUUUGGAAAUGUAUACCGAGUCAUUGUUGGACCUGAAGGAAGCAUUGAGACUUUCUCCAGACGAUGAAAAGUUGAAACAACGAUUCAGUCAAGUUUCUGCCCUGCUGGAUGAGGCUCUUGUCAACUCAGAUUUAGAUUAAAAAAUGCAUUAUAGAACGUUUCUAUUCUUCAUAUUCGCAUAAAGUUUAUAAAAUGUCAAACAGUAACAAUUUUUGGAAUGCAUGCGUGCCACUGAAAUGCCGCAA